CGGGGAGUCUUUUCAUUAGAGUCAAGGCGGCGAACGGAUAAAGCAGUUACCCUACGUACUUAUACCUAAAAAUGGUUCAAAACAACAUUAGCGCGAAUGGCUUCACGAAGUUGUCCCACGAUUUGGCAACACGAGAUACGGGACGCGUGUACUUCGAAUCUACAGUCAUGGGCCUGAUUAUAUUCUUCACAGUUUCAGGGAAUACGUUCGUGUGCUGCGCGAUUUGGAGAAAUCCCCGGCUUCGCACAAUAUCCAACAUGUUCGUUGUGGCGCUUGCAGUGAGUGACACAUCGAUGGGCGUUUUGUGCAUGCCCUUCACGUUUGGGACACUAGUAAGCGGAGGGUGGGUGUUCGGAAAGUCGUUCUGUUACGUGCACGGUUUUACAGGGAUGACCCUUGCUCUUGCUUCCAUAUACACCAUGAGUUUAAUUUCGGUGAAUCGUUACUUUUGCAUCGUAAAGCCCGCCAAAUACCAAGAGCUAUUCAAAAAGCGACGCACUGUUUUGUACAUUCUUGGUGUGUGGACCAUCGCGUUUAUUGGGUCGAUACCUCCUUUUUUUCUCGACGACGAAGGCUACGGGUUUCAGCCUGGAAAAGCAAUGUGCCUUUACAAGUUUGAGACUAACCUAACGUUUACUAUAUUCAUUGAAUGUGUGUACAUUGCUUGUCCAAUACUUCUCAUCGGCUACUGCUACUCUUCAGUCUUCAGAGAAGUUUAUCGAACUAAUAAAGUUUUCGCGCCAAAUCCGCAGAGCACAGAUCAACUUCGCGCGCACAUUCAAGAAACAAAGAUCACGAAAACUCUAGCGAUUGUUUUCCUUGGGUUUAGCCUAUGUUGGGUUCCUGCAAGCAUUAUUGACACUCUCGGAUCAUUCUCCGGGGAACCUCCGUUCGAGAGACCGGUCUAUUUGGCGUAUACAUAUCUUGCGAUGAUUUCCAGUCUUAUCAACCCAGUCAUCUAUGGCGUGACUAGCAGGGCGUUUAGACAAGAGUACAAAGCUAUGUUCAAGAUGAUAAUUAGCUGCGGGAGAGCUUCAUCUAAUCCGGGACAUUCCGGCCAGGAAAGCCAGCUGGAAUCGUGAGAAUGUCAAUUCUCCAUUUGAACUCCAAGUUCCGUUAGUAACGGGAACAAAACAAAGACUUGGUAACACAUACUUAUUAUAUUUCUUACACCUUUUUCGUGAUACUUAAGGGUAAUGGAAGGCUAGUAUAAAUCCCCUUGUAAAAAUCCCCUUUGUAAAAAGGUGUGUACAAUCAUUUUCUUUUUGUUGAUAGCAAACUCUUUGGUCAAUUAAAGUUUCAAUUUAUAUGGUAAUAAGUAGUUGGAUAAUCACUGUCGACAAAUGUGAGACUUUGGAACAAGAACUGUUGGGAGCUGAAUCUGAACCCUAUCAUUUGCGCCCUAAAUCUUUCUUUGAACAAGAAACUGUUUAUUGUAAUCAUAAAACAGAAAAAUGUGAACGGUUCUUAGAUAGAUGGCUGUUUUAAGGGGGCAAUGAUUUACAUUAUCUUUAGCCUCUGACAUAAUUUAGCGUUUUAAAAAUUAAUGAACCCUUUUUUUAAAUUGUAUGAGCUUAGGGCUAAAAGAUUAAGUAUAGCAAUUUUUUUUUAAACAAUAAAGAACUAUCCCUUUAAAUGACGAUAACAAAGGGAAGCUCAAAACGU